AAUUUAACUACGGCGACGCCUGUUGGUGACGUCAUCUGUACGCGACAGAAAGAAAGCGGGAUGAUCGCGUUUCUGUGAAGUGUAAAAAAUGCUUUUUACACUUGUAUUAACAUUUAUCUACUUUUAAUUUGAAUGUGCACGAAGUCAAGCGUGAUUUAGUACUGAUCGAGAUGGCCACACAAAGAGUCCUGCCCCAAAGCAAAGAAUCUCUUCUGCAGAACUACAACAAGAGAUUGAAAGAUGACAUCAGAUCAAUUCUUGACAACUUUACCGAAAUAAUCAAAACUGCAAAGGUGGAAGAUGAGACCCAGGUCUCCAGGGCAACACAAGCUGAGCAGGACCACUAUGAAAUGCAUGUGCGAGCUGCCAACAUUGUACGUGCUGGAGAGUCUCUUAUGAAGCUUGUUUCAGACCUAAAGCAGUUUCUCAUCCUGAAUGACUUCCCCUCUGUAAACGAAGCCAUAAGUAACCGCAACCAGCAGCUGCGCACGCUGCAGGAAGAGUGCGACAAGAAGCUAAUCUCCCUGCGUGAUGAGAUCGCCAUUGACCUGUAUGAGCUCGAGGAAGAAUAUUACUCCUCCAGGUACAAAUAGACCAGUGAUCCCACAAGCGUUUGUAGUCACCCCUGCCUACCCUUGUUUGCACAAUGCCAUGAACAUGCACAGUGAUGAAUAUUAUGUACAUCUAAAGACAACACACACAGUAAAUCAUGAAGCCAGUAAUGUGCAAGUGUAUUUUAACCUAAUCAAAGUUUUUUAUAAUUCAGUCAUUGGUCAUUUAACUAAAAGAUCAUUUUCUAACAAUUUAUUAAACUCUCCAAGCACAUAAUAUACAUGACCAUACCAUUGUGCCUUAAUGAUUGUUUGUUCAUGCACAUUAGCCUAUAGCUACAUAAAAUGUAAUAAAAGAGUGUAUUUUUUAUCUCACACAGUAAUGUGAUGCACUAAGACAUACAAUUCUUGAAAGAUUUUAUUUAACUUGUCACGUUUAUGACAACAAGCAAGUUAGCAUUUUAUUAUGUGGCUAUGCCUUUAUAGCAAAAAUUUAUGAUCCAUAUAGCACCAAAGAAAACAAUAUUAUCCAACAUUUUCAGUGCAACUGGUUUUGCACAAGAAAAUGUAACUAUUUCCCCAAAGUGCCUUAAAAGUUCACGUUGAUCUUGCAAUCAGGACCUGCAUUCACUCUCAGUGGUAGUGUUGUGGCUGGGUCACACUAAAUUUAUGUCUGGUUUAGAGAUUAGUUUUAAAUAAAAUUCUAGACCAGAGAUUUCUGAUGAUUACAUCGUGUCUUUAAAGAGCAUCAAUGUAACUGAUAAACAUCGUAUGCAAAUCAAUAUUUACAAAAAUUACUUGUAAUGUAAUUUUAAAUUGGAAUGUACACAUUAAUGUUGGAUCUAUUUUGCAAAAUUUAAAGCACUUUAGGAUUUGUAGAGGAACAAAAAAAAUUAUGGUGUGCUAAAAUUAUUGUACUCCGUAUAAGUGUAAGAAAAUCAACUUCAAAUUAUGCUACUGCGAGCCUAUUGUUUAUUAAAAUCAAGAACAGAAUCAAACUGUUUUAAAUUUGACUAUACACUUCAUAUAUAUGCCGUGAUUGUUUUCUUUCUGUUAAACUAAUUGUUUGUAAACUGGCAAAAUAUUUUAGCUUUCAUGUGUCAAGUUCAAAAUGUAAUAUUAAACUUUUAUACAAAGUUAUUCUCUCAGUGGUUAAAAAUUACACUACACUGUUUCUUUGUGGUGACUUAUUAAACCAUCUCAAACUAUUUUGGUCACAUUAGUGUCUGCUAAAAUGUAUCAGAAUAUUUGUCAGUUUUUGCGACUACUUUCAAAUUUCUUAAAUAAACCUGAGUAUAAAGAGAGCA